AUGACGCGGCAGCGCCCUACGUCCAUUCACCCAUUGCCAAAUGUCGAUCCUCUCGAUUUCCGAAGCCCUACCGCCAUCACUUCAUUCUUAAAUAUCCAGCCACGUCAUGAGGCACACGGGAAGGGUAAGCGUCCAAGCGACACUGAACAGACACAGACGAACACAAGGAUUAAACCCUACUUAGAGGCACACGGGAAGGGUAAGCGUCCAAACGACACUGAACAGUCACAGACGAACACAAGGAAUAAACCCUACUUAGAGGCACACGGGAAGGGUAAGCGUCCAAACGACACUGAACAGACACAGACGAACACAAGGAAUAAACCCUACUUAGAGGCACACGGGAAGGGUAAGCGUCCAAACGACACUGAACAGUCACAGACGAACAUAAGGAAUAAACCCUACUUAGAGGCACACGGGAAGGGUAAGCGUCCAAGCGACACUGAACAGACACAGACGAACACAAGGAAUAAACCCUACUUAGAGGCACACGGGAAGGAGGCACACGGGAAGGGUAAGCGUCCAAACGACACUGAACAGACAGAGACGAACACAAGGAAUAAACCCUACUUAGAGGCACACGGAGAUGGUAAGCGUCCAAACGACACUGAACAGACACAGACGAACACAAGGAAUAAACCCUACUUAGAGGCACACGGGGAGGGUAAGCGUCACAACGACACUGAACAGACACAGACGAACACAAGGAAUAAACCCUACUUAGAGGCACACGGAGAGGGUAAGCGUCCAAACGACACUGAACAGACACAGACGAACACAAGGAAUAAACCCUACUUAGAGGCACACGGAGAGGGUAAGCGUCCAAACGACACUGAACAGACACAGACGAACACAAGGAAUAAACCCUACUUAGAGGCACACGGGAAGGGUAAGCGUCCAAACGACACUGAACAGACACAGACGAACACAAGGAAUAAACCCUACUUAGAGGCACACGGAGAGGGUAAGCGUCACAACGACACUGAACAGACACAGACGAACACAAGGAAUAAACCCUACUUAGAGGCACACGGGAAGGGUAAGCGUCCAAACGACACUGAACAGACACAGACGAACACAAGGAAUAAACCCUACUUAGAGGCACACGGGAAGGGUAAGCGUCCAAACGACACUGAACAGACACAGACGAACACAAGGAAUAAACCCUACUUAGAGGCACACGGGAAGGGUAAGCGUCCAAACGACACUGAACAGACACAGACGAACACAAGGAAUAAACCCUACUUAGAGGCACACGGGAAGGGUAAGCGUCCAAACGACACUGAACAGACACUGAACAGUCACAGACGAACACAAGGAAUAAACCCUACUUAG